GGGACGUGUAGUUUUUGUGCCGACGCGGGGGGGAUUGUGUGUGCGCUUUUCCCCCGCCAGGGCCCCGCGUGUAGGCCUGGCUACCCGAGCCUGAGUGCGUCCCAGGCUUUUCUACGCGAAUACUCGUAGGAAGGGCACUGGUCCUCGGGGAAGGGGCCUUUCCAGGCGACAAGGCCGGAGGGCAAAAAAGGAGAAGCAGCUGCUGCCGCCCUGCUUGCGCUGGGCCUGGGAGCGCGUUUUUUGUGACGGAGGCCGAGGCGGCAGGCUGCCUCGUGAAAUAUUACAACCAUGACUAAGAGAGAAGCAGAAGAACUGAUAGAAAUAGAAAUUGAUGGAACUGAGAAACAAGAGUGUACUGAAGAAAGCAUUGUUGAGCAAACUUACACGACUGCAGAAUUUGUGAGUCAGGCUAUUGAUAUCAAUGAACCGGUUGGAAAUCUUAAGAAACUGCUGGAACCACGACUUCAGUGUUCCUUGGAAGCCCAUGAAAUCUGCCUGCAAGAUAUACAGCUGGAUCCAGAUCGCAGUCUCUUUGAUCAAGGUGUAAAGACAGAUGGAACAGUGCAACUUAGUGUCCAAGUAAUAUCUCGGCAAGGAAUAGAACCCAAGUUAAACAUCCUUGAAAUUGUAAAGCCUGUAGAAACUGUUGAGGUAGUGAUUGACCCAGAUGCCCACCAUACUGAAACUGAAGCACACCUUGUUGAAGAAACUCAAGUGAUAACACUGGAUGGAACAAAGCACAUUACCACCAUAUCUGAUGAAACAUCUGAACAAGUAACUCGGUGGGCUGCAGCAUUAGAAGGCUACCGGAAAGAACAAGAACGCUUAGGAAUUCCCUAUGAUCCAGUACAGUGGUCAACUGACCAGGUCCUGCACUGGGUAGUAUGGGUGAUGAAGGAGUUUAGCAUGACAGAUAUAGAUCUCAAUACUCUUAGCAUUCCUGGGAGAGAAUUGUGCAGCCUCACUCAAGAGGAUUUUUUCCAGAGGGUCCCUCGAGGAGAAAUUCUUUGGAGCCACCUGGAGCUUCUUCGAAAAUAUGUGUUAGCUAGUCAGGAACACUCUGGAGAAAUUGCUACAGUUACUAUUGACCAACCUGUGCAGAUUAUUCCGGCGUCUGUGCAACCUUCUACCCCAACCACCAUUAAAGUCAUAAAUAGUAGUGCAAAGGCAGCUAAAGUACAAAGAGCACCAAGGAUUUCAGGAGAAGACAGAAGUUCACCUGGGAACAGAACAGGAAACAAUGGUCAGAUCCAGUUAUGGCAGUUUUUGCUUGAGCUUCUCACAGACAAAGAUGCUCGAGACUGCAUUUCAUGGGUUGGAGAUGAAGGAGAGUUCAAACUCAAUCAACCAGAGCUAGUGGCACAGAAAUGGGGACAACGUAAAAAUAAACCUACUAUGAACUAUGAAAAACUCAGUCGGGCUUUACGGUAUUACUAUGAUGGGGACAUGAUCUGCAAAGUACAAGGCAAGAGAUUUGUAUACAAGUUUGUCUGUGACUUGAAGACUCUUAUUGGGUAUAGCGCUGCAGAGUUAAAUCGGUUGGUUACAGAGUGUGAACAAAAGAAACUAGCAAAGAUGCAGCUCCACGGCAUUGCACAACCAGUUACAGCAGUUGCGCUGGCCACAGCAUCACUGCAAACCGAAAAGGAUAACUAAGCACCUCAUCUGGAAAGCUUGGGAACAUGAGGCCUUUCUUGUAUACUGAGCAGUUUCUGGUCUUAAAAUGGGAGCUACUUCUAUUCCUUGGCAAGUCAUAUGAUGCAUGGUUUUUCUAUGAAGAACUGAGACUCUCAUACAUUUGGAUCUUUUUCACUUAAAGGCAUAUAUUUCAUGUACAUUCAGGGCACUUCACAGUUUCCUCAACGUGAAGACAGACCUUUUUGUGACAAGUAGUCUGAGAUUGGUGAGAAAACCUAAAAUUGGUUUGUGUCAUGUCACACCCUGCUGAUAAUUCCAGGCGUUUAAGAAAGUGAAGCAUCUACACAACAUAAACUAGUUAAUAUGCUGAUUUAAUUUUCUGCACUACUUUUUCUCACGCAGCCAGAUGGAAUGUAGUAGUUCCAUAUGUAGGGCGGCAGACCUUUAUUAACCAUGCUAGCCAUUGCCUAAGCAUGCCAGGUUGUAAAAAAAAUGAAAAUAAAAAAUGCUAUGCUGCUAAGGCAGGGUUUUUUGUACAUUGGCUAAAGAAGUGAAAUAAAGGCAGAGCUGAAGAUCACUGCUGAGAAAGAGGUCCAUCUGUAAGUCCAGCAAGAUCAAAAACUAAUUAUGAGUAUUUUUAUAUAACAUGUAGAUGACAUGCACAUGUGAGGGAAAGUUCUCCACUAUCUUGAGAGACAUCGCUAAGUUUAAUGUCACACACACACACACACACACACACGUUUUCCACGUUUUUCCUGUUGGGAGAUUAAAAACUUGAAAUACUGUCUCUCAUCCAAAGAAUAGGUUUGGCUUUUGUUUUAACUUACCCUGCAGAAUAUAUUAGCUGGAUGCUGUUUAUACUUGCAGUGUAAUCAACUUUGAACUGAAGACUUAAGUUAAUCACAGAGAGGCCCUUUCUGUUGAGAAACAAAAAUGUCAUCUGCAGCUAAAUUAAUAAAGUUUAACUUCCCAAGGUUAUAUAGACUUCUCUAUUAAAAUACAGAUAAGUGCAGUUCCUUUCUUUUAAUUACUUUGUUUUCAAACUGUUUUUUAAAGACUUUGGAAAUGGUGUGUGUUCAGUGUAAAUGAGACAUGAGACACUAUAAUUAAAUAAAUUUUAAAAAUAUGAUUCCUAGCAAAUCCAGAGAUGCUGAGAAAAGUGCAUUGUUUGAUUGUUUUUUCUUUGUUAAGGUCUUUUAAAUUCCACACAAAGCCUGGGAAGCACAUUUAUUUUUUUAAUCCUCUUUCAUUUGUUGUGAUAUAAAUAUUAUGUUCUCAAUGCUGACUUUUCACUGAAUCAUCAUAAUUAGAAGAACAAACCUAUUGGGAUGAGAUGUGUCUUCACAUAAACAAUCAGUAAAAAUGUGGAUAUUAAACAGGGGAGCUUCUUAUGAGAGGAUCAAAUACUCUAAAUUGAAGCAUAGAAAUAAAGUAAUAAGCACUACACAUAAAAUUUGGCUUAGGGCAUGUCAGACAACAGUUAUGGUAACAUUAAAGAAUCUGAAUUUCCAAGGCUCUGGCUAUACUUGUUUACAUUCAGAACAUGUUAAAUGUCAUCUAGGCAAGAUGAGAUUUAUAGUCCAUUAAUACAGUUAAGUUCCUUGACUCGCAUUAGGUGAAACUUUCUGUAUUUAAUAGAAUGCAGGGUUCCAGUUUAAGUUCCACGAGUUCUCAUUGCUAUUCCUCAAACUGUGUUUUUUGUUGUUGUUGUUCAAGCUUCAAGGAUAAUUAUGCGAGAGAAGCCUGCUUUAAUUGUAUGGCAAGAAUUGUAACUCUUCAAUUCAUAGCAGGACUAUUGGCUUAAAGCAAAGGAGUAACUGUGUGCCUCAUAAUAUGAGCUUCAGAAUUGUUUAUGCAACUCUAUGGAAGAUGAAUAGGUUCACUAAAAAGAAACAUAACUCAUAUUGCUGAUUCAACUCUUUAAAGUGUGUUUGAAUGUUCCAAGCAUUGUUUUUCUUUUCUUCGUAAAGGAAGCGGCCUGUUAAUAUUGAGGCAUAUUAGAUUGAUCACAAAUACUUGUAUAAAUGGUAUACUAGAGAUAUGCUCUCAGCUAUGCACAUAAUAGAAUAAGCCAUAUUAGGAAACAUGGUGUAUGGCCUUUCUUUUAUAUACAUUGGAUUUAUUUUCUAACCUUUAGGUUUUCAUUAUUUCCUUUGUAAGUUUGCUGCACUUCUUGCAAUAUUUUUCCCAUUGAUAGAGAUCUAAUGUGCUUUCAAAACGUAAAUACUUGUAAAGUUUCUUGUUGGGACAAUCUGUGACUAAUUUGAGAUCUUCAGUAAGAAGUAUGGAUUAUUGUAUGUUGGUGGCAUUGUGUGACUGUCAGAAGAAAAUAUAGACAAUAUAUUCCCAAAUUUUUGUAAGAUGGAGGGGUUUUGCAUACAUUUUUACUCUUUACGGACACAUACUCUGCUAAUUAUGUAUUUCUUUUGUGUUGGAUUUUUGGUAAUUUUACAUGAAACAAUUAUUUUCUAUUUUUACUCUAAAAUAUUUGUGCAUAAAAUUGUCAAUAUAGUAAAGUAAUUAAAUAAAAUUUUACAUAGCAGAAAGUCUGCAUUUUUA